AUGAGGAGGAAUCUCGGUGAAGCAAAGACCAGUGCAGAUCUUGAUGAAAUCGAUGAGGAUAUUGAGUUUAACAAAUUAUGGAAUAUGGAGCAUCCCACAGAAGCAUAUGAUAAAAGUGAUGAUGGAAAUGAUUUUAAUCGUUGUGUAAAAUUCUCUGAAGGCGAACAAACAUGGUGGGCGACCGCUUCUAUGAUAAUGAGAAUAGCAAAACUGUCAUGCAAACAUAGCAAUUCUGUAAAAAAUCUUCAUGCCCACAUCAUUGUCACUGGACUCACCCUUGAAAUAUUUAUACAAUCCAAGCUUGUGAACACGUAUGUAAUGUUUGGCAGUUUGAAUAAUGCUCGCAAAGUGUUUGACAAAAUGUCUGAACCAAAUGCAUCGCAAGCGAUUCACAAAAUUUACAAACCGAAUGCUUUUUUAUGGAAUGUGAUGAUUAGAGAGCGUGCUAGGAGUGGACUUCACAAAGAGGCUCUUAAAGUCUAUUGCAAAAUGUAUGAGGGAGGCAUACAGCCAGACAAUUUCACGUUUUGCGCAGUGCUGAAGGCGUGUGCGGGUUUAUAG